GCCUACCCAUUGGCCAUGCUGGCUGCAGCUGAUGGCAGCUGUAGUCUGACAAUGGCUAGAGGGCACCAGGUUGGCUACCCCAGCUCAAAGAGAUGAAAUUGGAAAAGAAACCAUCUGAUUUAACCCUCCUCUUUGUUAUUAACCUCCCUUUGUUUUGUUUCUACUCCCUGAAAACAAUCUAAUUAAUCAGAUCUCUCUCCUUCUCUCUUGCUCUCUUGUCUGCUUUCCACUUCAUCCCUGGUCCCCCUCCCCUCUGUUUGACACUUGGCUCUAACUUGGUUCUUCCCCCACCUGUGAUUCCCUCCCCAUCUUCUGGCUUCUGCUUCUUUCUCUCUCUCUCCCCUCUCUUUCUAUCUCUCUGGUUCCAAGUGGGCGUAUCAGUUACACGGACAUGUAUGAGAUGCUGAGACACAUGUCCCCACCACUUGGACUGGGAAAGAAAUGCCCAGCUCGCGUUGCCUAUAAGCGCUUGGUAAGGAUGAAUAUGCCAAUCUCAAAUGAUGACUUGAGCGUCCACUUCACAUCUACGCUGAUGGCCUUGAUCCGCACUGCCCUGGAAAUCAAACUUGCAUCAGGGGUCCUGCAGCUCCAGUGUGACAUCGAGCUGAGGAAGGAGAUCUCGCUAGUUUGGCCCAAUCUUUCACCAAAGACCUUGGAUCUGCUAGUACCACCUCAUAAACCUGAAGCCAUGACAGUGGGGAAAGUCUAUGCAGCCUUGAUGAUAUUUGACUUCUACAAACAGAACAAGAACACUCGAGAUCCUGCCCAUCCAGCACCUGGAGGUCUUUGCCAGGUAAACAGUCUUUUGCACCCUUCACUGCCACUAUGUCACUGUGGAGAUCAACAAUGA